AUGGUCAACUGGACUGCGGAAAAGGAUUCUCCAAAUCCAAUUAUCAUCACAAAUCGCCCAGCGUUCCGAAGUAGCCGUUUCAAAACUGUUUAUCGUUGGUUGGAUUACAAGCGGCAAGAAGACGGGGCCGAAGGCCUAUGGCGGAUUCAUGAUACUUUAUACGACUUGACUGAAUUCGUUGAUCGACAUCCUGGUGGCGCGGAAUGGCUCCAAAUGACUAAGGGAACCGAUAUAACGGAAGCAUUCGAAACCCAUCACCUCACAAACAAGGCGGCAAAUAUUCUGCCUAGCUACAAAGUGCGUGCAGCGCGGGAAGUUCGAAAUAUAAAGUUAACUUUCGAUGAAACGGGAUUUUAUCGCACAUUGAAACGACGGGUAGCUGGAAAGCUGAAUAGUCUAGACCAAACGCCAAAACGCCGGUCAGAAAUUAUUCAGGAUGCACUACUGGCAACGUCCUUUUUGCUUGCAUUUUUGGCUGUAAAAUUUAAUAGCCUCCUAGUGGCGACGACGUGCGGAUUAGCCAUCUGCUGGGUUAUGAAUUGCGCGCAUAAUUUCUAUCAUCGCAAGGACACCUGGAGAGUGCUCGCGUACAAUCUGUUGCUUCUAACUUACAGGGAGCAAAGAAUAUCGCACGUGCUCUCUCAUCAUAUGUAUCCAAACUCGGUUCUGGAUUUGGAGAUACUGCUAUUCGAACCAUUUUUGUGUUGGUUGCCGGCACCCUGGAAUUUUAUUCAACGAUAUGGAUCAUGGUUUUAUGAACCGAUAGUAUUUACGCUCAUAUUUUUUGUUGAAUUUUCAAAACGAUUCGUCGAACUAUUGUUGAGUGGCAAAAAUGUAUUUCGAGCUGAAGACCUUGUUAGUCUGAUAUUACCAAUUUUUAUGUACACUACUGGUUCCUGUGGGUUUGCAACGGUAUUCAAAAUAUGGGUGGUUAUUGUACUGUCGGCAAGUUUGUUUUUUGGUUUCAUUUCACUGAAUGCUGCUCAUCAUCACCCGGACAUUGCUCAUUCGGGAGAUUUGAUUCCAGCGGACAUCGAUUUCGGCGUCUACCAGCUACUGACGGUUAUUGAUCGAUCGGAUAUCACGGAUCCACAUAUUAGUAUUUUAACCAGUUUCGGGCAUCAUAGCCUUCAUCAUAUGUUUCCGACUUUGGACCAUGCCUUAUUACCUCAGCUGUUUCCGGUGUUUUUGGAAACAUGUACCGAAUUCAAUAUGGUACAUCGAAGGUAUCCCUGGUGGCGAAUGAUAAUGGGACAAUACAAACAGCUAGCUCGCAUUGAAUAUAGAUCGCAUUGCAUUCCGAAGACCAAUCUUUAA